AUGUACCGCUCCGAAAUCUCGAAACCGCAGUUAGAAAACCUCAACUUAAUUGAGAGACUCGUUGUUAUUAUACUUCCAAACUACUUCUAUGAAUAUGAAUCUGUUCUCCAGCACUUGGUCAAAGAAAAUUUUGGUAUAGUAGAGAAGUCUGUGAAGAACUUUAAACCCGAAGAUGUUUUGGAAUGGAAAAGUGCUGACUUGGAAUCACAAGACAUCUGGGGGCUCUCAGAUAGAUUAAGUGACGGACCCUGCAUGCUUCUCUUGUGUCAAAGAGCAAAUGCUUUCAUAGAGAUGACAGGAGUUGCUAGAUAUCACAAUGCGAUUGCAAACAGAAUGAGUUCAAAAAAUGGAAUCUACUAUUCAAAAACCACAAUUGCUGCCUAUCACGAUACACUCUUCUUCUAUCCUAAAUACGUUGAUGAAAAAUUAAUGAUAAAACAUGCAAAAGAUUAUCUCUCUGUGGAAGUCUGGCCCAAACUCAGUCAAGGACUUGCUCGGCUUGCUGUGGAGCGUCCUGCUAAUCCGAUUGUUUGUUUGAUCAGUUUCUUCUUCCGUCCUCCAAAAUCCCAACUUUUCAGAAAUGGCUAG